CGCCGACCAAGUGUCUAUGUAAGUCGCAGUCCUAGCUGCGCACGUUUCUAGGCCAGAUAAGCUUAAGCUGAGAAGGGCUGACUGCCAACCGCAGAAUCUCGUUCUCAAUGCAUUUUAGCUAUGGAUCGUUCCUCAAAUCGCCAAUUGCAAUUCCAGGAUGGCGGGCUUACCCAGCGCAGCAGUAUGUCGUGCCUUGUGAGCGUUCACAGAGCGACAUGCAUCGACCAGCGCCUCUACGCCCAGCGAAAGCUAUUAUAGCUUCAGGGUCAACUCCAAGGGCCGCUGUGUUGCGGAGCAGUGCUGGUCAACUGCCUGUCAGAACUCCAUGUCUAAGCAUUGCAUGCGAGCUCCAGGCCGGUGUGCGAGGACAGGCGACUUCCUACCCGAAAACCAACACCAAUAACUUUGACAGAACAUCCGCCCUGGCAGCAUCCGGCCGACGCGGCGAUGGCGGGCGCAGCACCAGCCAUGUACCCCAGGAUGGAAACAUCACCGCUAACAAGUGUACCGUUGGACCCGCUGGCAGUCACGGCGCGAACAGCUUUGCUCCUCCCCCCCGGGGGACCACCUUGGCUACACAGCCCAUUCGCACCUCAAAGCCCGCCGUCAUUCCCGAUACCGGCUCCAGCUGCACACAGCCCCCACUUGCUGCACCACCACCACCACCACCGAAGCAGCAGCAGCACCUGCAGCAGCGGCACCCAGCCUCACUCCGACCCGCGCCACCACAACCCAUGCAGCCCUCCCCCUCCCCGCCAGCAUCCCCACCCGCACGCAGUAUGAUGGCGGGUGGGGGCAGCCGACCCGCAACAACGCAGCAGGCGCCGCCCUGCCCCGCAGCAGCCCCCUCCCCGCUGGCUGAUGGUGUUGGUCCGCCCGCCGGCAGUGUGAUGGCGGGCUGGUCGCUGGCGGGCGGUCAGCCCACUCGGAACUCGGUCUACCGGCUGAUCCGCAAGAAGGAGCUCCAACAGCAGUACCACCACCACCCGCACCAGCGCCACUUCGCUGGUGAGACCGACCCACGGGACGGCCACACCGCCGGCAGCAACACCAGCAUCAACAGCGGCAGCGAGCAACUAAAGCAGCAGUGGCAACAGCAGUCGCCAGAACUUAGUUCGCAAGCACGCUUUAGCUCGGAUGGUCCCGGCGGAGGAUUGUCGUACGCAGCAGGAGCUAGCAGCAACAGCAGCAUUAGCAGGCAUAGACGCAGGAGCGGCAAUGGCAAGACUGUAAGGAGCAGCGAUGGCAGCGGUGUCAGCAGAAGCCGAGACAUGGAGGAUAGGGUGGGCGCUGCUAGCAGCGCCGGCUCCGAGCGGUAUCAACACCACCACCAUCACCACUCCCAAAGAGAGGGCUUGACGAGCGACAUCGAGGUUACAUGGGCGCACCCGCUGCCUUCGCCGCCACCUCCACCGCACGGGGCUGCAGGGCUCCCUGGCUACGGCGCUAACGGUGGCGAUGGUGGCAGUAGUACUGCCGGUGCUAAUGGCGGUGUUAGGAGCGGUGGCAGCUGCAGAGCUCCUGGCGGCAGCAGCAGCAGCAGCAGCCUGGUCCAGGAGGCGCUGACGUCGGACCACGCGGCUCGCAACCCGGUGUACAGGAUGAUUCGCAAGCACGAGCUGCUGCAGCGCCACAGCAGCAGCAGCGGCAGCAGCAGCCAGGGCAGCCGGGGCAGCCAUCCCAGUAGCCAACGGCAGCAGCAGCAGUGGCAAGAGGCCCGAGCCGAUAGCAAACAUCGCCGGCGAUACCGCGGGCGUCAGCUGCCUGACUUGGAAGGGGGUAGAGACCUCAGUCGCGCUGCCGCAACGGCUGAGAUUCAGCAGGACUCGGCUUCUAACGACCCAUGGAUUGUUGAUGACGACUUCGCUUGCGACGUCAUGCUUCAGGGCAUUGUGGCACCGACGGUGCAGGCGACGCGGCCCCUGCUGCUGCCGCCACAUCAAGGACAGGAUCAAGACGCAGAGCAGUUGGGGUUGGGGCAGCUUCAAGACGCAGAGCAGUUGCGGUUGGGGCAGCUUCAAGACGCAGAGCGGUUGGGGUUGGGGCAGCUUCAAGACGCAGAGCGGUUGGGGUUGGGGCAGCUUCAAGACGCAGAGCAGUUGGGGUUGGGGCAGCUUCAAGACGCAGAGCGGUUGGGGUUGGGGCAGCUUCAAGACGCAGAGCGGUUGGGGUUGGGGCAGCUUCAAGACGCAGAGCGGUUGGGGUUAGGGCAGCUUCAAGACGCAGAGCAGUUGGGGUUGCAUGCUGAAGAGGGCGAGGAGCAGGGAGAACAGCAGCGGGAGGGGCCGGAAGAGGAGGAGGAGGCGUCAUGGGAGGAGCGACGACGCUGGUCGAACUCCGGCCUAGGUCUGAACCCCGUGCUGCGCCUCAUCCGGAAGAAGCAGCUGCAGCGCCGGCUGAGGCUGCGGGGGGGAGCAGCAGGAGCGACUGGCGUUGCCGUUGCUGCUGGAGAGGGCCCUCCCACGACACGACCACCGCCGCCCUCCGGUCCGCCUCCCUCCCUGCCGUCACCACCUGCUGCUCUGGAAGCGGAGGGGGCUGCUGCGGCAGCAGGAGGGGAGGGGAUUGGCCCCGGGGAUGCGGUGGGCGGCCGGGCGGUCAUGAACCACGUGUACCGGCUUAUUCGCAAGAAGCAGUUGCAGCGGAGGCGUGCCGCCAGGGCAGCUGAUGCUGCUGCGGGGGCAGCUGCGGCAUCUUUGGCGGAGGAAUGGACGACAGGGCAGUCGCUGUCGCCCUCCUCGUCGUCAAUGAGAUCUCCUUCUUCCUUCUUGCCAAACUGGCACCAACCGCUAAAUCAACCGCUACAGCAGCAGCAGUACGGCUUGCGGUCUGCGCCUUUCUUUGACCUGGAUCUGGGUUUUUUAGGCCCCGGCUCUUCCACUUCUCCGCCUCCUCCUUCCUCCUUACAAUUCUUCGACCCAUGGCCGUACGGCGGUUUGUCUUCGCCACCAUCCCCCUCACCCGGCGUCAUGCUUGCGGAGGCGCUGGACCCCGGGGUCAUGCAACCUGGCCAGGGGUUCCUCGACGGCAACGCUGCUGCUAAUGCUUCUAGCUUCGGAGGAGAAGCACUAGGAGGACCCAUUUAUGGCUCCGAAGCCCAUUGGGCCGGACAUGAAGGGCGACAACACAGGGGAGCAAAUGUUGAGCCGCCGCCGCCGCUGGUGCUAGACGUUACGCUGGCGGCGGCGGCGGAGGAGGAGGAGGAGGACACGGUACGACAUGAUGUUGUACGGCAGCGUUUGUUCCACAACAGCAGCGGCAACAGCCAUUUGGACUCCCCACCAGCACCCCUGCCGCUGGUUAGUGACGACCUGGCUGCCUGGAUGGUGGGUGAGCGGCCGCGCAUGAAUGCCGUGUACCGGCUCAUCCGCAAGAAGGAGCUGCAGCUGCGGCACCGCCGCCAACACCAUGACGGUGGCGGCAGCGGCGGCAGCGGCAGCAGUACAACAUGGGAGCAUGGCCAGAAGCAGGAGAUGGCGGCGGAGGAAAAGCAGAAGCCGUCGAAACCAGCAGCGGCGCCGACGGAGGGGGCAGCGACAGCGCCGCCGCCGCCGGUAACGUUCCCGUUGGCGGCACCAGCUGCGCCAGGAGCGUGUGAGCUGACCUCUCCAUCGGAGCCCACUGCUGCCGCCACCGCAGGUGACGACGCUCAUUCCCUGCAUCCCCUAGGGGCCGCUCAGGUUGACCAGCGGGGCUUGGCUUCGGAGCCGGCCGGCACCCCAGCCGCGCUGCCGGAGGGCGAGGGCGCUGGCCUGGCGCAACCGCCGCCGAAAGCAACAGUCGCUCAACAGCAACCGCAGGAGGAGGUGGAGGUGGAGGUGGCGCCGUCGCUGGGCACCGCACCCGGCGUCGAUGGAAAGAGGGCUGCUGAGGGCGUGCGCAGGAAGGGAAGGAGGGCCGGCGCCAGGCCGCCGCGGGCUGGAGGCGCCCCCUCUCCUCCGGACGCCUACCCGGAUAGUUACCAGCGGGAGCAGUGGCAGCAGGAACGGCAAGGAGGUGCAGCCGGCGCGGUGGAGGUGAGGCAUGGGCCGCCGCCGCAGCAGCCCAGUGUGGUCAGUGACGUGGGUGUAGGUUUGUCGUCGGAGAACGUGUUGGAGGAGCACGAGAAGGAGGCGGAGGCGGAGGGCUCCAGCAGGCUGCAGAAGAUGGAGGCUCUCAAGGCUAGCAUCCGUGCAAAGCUCCUGGCCUCCACCUCCACUGCCACUUCCUCGACACCGCCACCGCUACCACCCGCAGCACCUCCGCCCUCGCAGCGGCGGAAGCAGCAGGCCCCCUCCCUCACCCCGCUGCAGUCAGGUCUGCUGAGCUUCCUGAGAGACACGGAGCCCACCGCAGCAGCCAUUGCCACCACUGCCGCCGCGGUCUCACAGCGGCAGCGCGAUCCCCCUGACCCCUCCGGCCAUCAUGACGCCGGCGGUGAUGGCGCCGCUUCUAGCGGCAGUAGCAGUGGACGGCACCCAACCGCAACAAAACCACCUCCUCCGCCUCCUUCACGUACGACACAGCAGCAGCAGGUGCUGCCGUACAGUGGCAUUGCGCAGAUGUGGGCUGAAGUGGGCAUUCGAGUGGGGCUGCAGCCGCAGGGCGCGCAUGGAGGUGGUCGGAGGAGGCGGGCGGCUGGAGGAGGGCAGCAGCAGGAGGAGGAGACGAUGGAGGAGGUGCUUGAGAGGGCGGGAGUGGAUGCCAGCACCGCUGAGCGUCUGGCCUCCUCCCCGGUGUUGCUCACUCGGGGCUGGGCGGCAGAGGAGGUGCUGCGGAGGCUGAGGGGUCUACAGCUCGUGCUGGCGGGGUCGCCGCCGCCUCUGCACCGGAAUGCUGGAAGCGAGAAAGGAGAGGAUAAGGAUGACGAGGGUGGGGAUCCGUACGACGAUGGCGAAGGGGAGGAGGAUGGCGGCGAUGGAGACGGCGACGGAGUCGUGAGGAGCCUAGCGCAGGCUGCCCGCGUGGCGGCUCGGCAGCCCAACCUGCUGACUCGGCAGGCGGGGGCGCUGGCGGCCAACUUGGGAGCGCUGGGGGCGGUGCUGGGCUUGGAGGGGCCCGCUGUACGACAGUUAGUUAGCCGUUGGCCGUUUCUGUUGGAGUUGCGGGCAUCGCUGCUGCCCGACCGACUGUCGCGGCUAGCUGUGGAGCUGGGAUUGGGG